CACACAAACACAACAGCAAAGCAUGUGAUCAUUCAUGUGUAUCUUUGGUGAGAGAAAAAGCAACCCAGCUUGAAUGCUAUUACUAUAGAGAGGAAAGGGGUCUCUCUGGGUUUUAGCUUUAGCACACACUGUGUUGAAGGGGGAAAGUGAGAGAGAGAGUUGCUGCCGCCAACUCCCAUUGAAUGCUCCCAACCUUCACUACUUCCGCCUUCUUCUUUACGCCUUUUUUCUCUACACUCUUCUUUCUAUUUACCCUGCUCCCUCACUCGCAAAACCCUAAUUCCCCCCUCCAAACCUUCGCUUCUUCAAUCUCCUCCUGCGCCAUCUCCAAUUUCACUUUCUCUGCUCCUUUCUUCGCUAGGAUGGCAGGGGUGGAGAAUAGCGACGGGAACGGGAGUGAACGGGAAUUAGCGGGAACUAGCGAUAACGGUUAUGCGGAAGCUGCAGAGCCUAGUGGCUCUGCUGGUGGCGAAGGGAACGAUGCCGUUUCGUAUGCGAACGUACUGCGUUCGAGGAACAAGUUUGUCGAAGCUCUCGCGCUCUACGAGCGUGUCUUGGAGAGUGACGGCGCAAAUGUGGAGGCUCUCAUUGGGAAAGGGAUAUGCCUUCAGAUGCAGAAUAAGGGAAAGCCUGCGUUUGAGACUUUUUCCGAGGCUAUCAAGCUGGAUCCUCAGAAUGCUUGUGCUCACACGCAUUGCGGUAUUCUGCACAAAGACGAGGGUCGCCUGGUGGAGGCUGCCGAGUCAUAUCAGAAGGCUUUACAAGUGGAUCCUUCAUACAAAGCAGCUGCUGAAUGCCUUGCCAUUGUUUUAACAGAUAUUGGUACCAACACAAAGCUUGCAGGGAACACUCAGGAUGGAAUUCAAAAAUAUUUUGAAGCCCUCAAAGUAGAUCCGCACUAUGCUCCUGCAUACUAUAAUCUUGGUGUGGUCUAUUCUGAAAUGAUGCAAUAUGACAUGGCCCUCAAUUUCUAUGAAAAGGCUGCAUUAGAGAGGCCCAUGUAUGCUGAAGCAUAUUGCAAUAUGGGUGUGAUCUUUAAAAAUCGUGGUGAUUUGGAAUCGGCUAUUACUUGUUAUGAGAGGUGUUUAGCGGUUUCACCUAACUUCGAGAUUGCAAAGAAUAAUAUGGCUAUAGCUUUGACAGAUUUGGGAACAAAGGUUAAAUUGGAGGGGGACAUCAACCGAGGUGUGGCUUUGUAUAAGAAAGCUUUGUAUUACAACUGGCAUUAUGCUGAUGCCAUGUAUAAUCUCGGGGUUGCGUAUGGUGAGAUGCUUAAGUUUGAUAUGGCCAUUGUGUUCUAUGAACUUGCUUUUCACUUCAAUCCACAUUGUGCGGAAGCCUGUAACAAUCUUGGAGUUAUUUAUAAAGAUCGUGAAAACCUUGAUAAAGCUGUAGAAUGCUACCAGCUUGCCUUGUCAAUCAAACCUAAUUUUUCACAGUCAUUAAAUAACCUUGGUGUAGUAUACACUGUCCAGGGUAAAGUGGAUGCUGCUGCAAGUAUGAUUGAGAAAGCUAUCAUUGCAAACCCGACAUAUGCAGAAGCAUACAAUAACCUAGGAGUUCUUUAUAGGGAUGCUGGUGAUAUAGCUCGUGCAAUUAAUGCUUAUGAGCAAUGUCUUAAGAUUGAUCCUGAUUCUCGAAAUGCUGGCCAGGUGUGGUGCAUAAUGGGUGAUUCUUUUGUCCAUUUUGUGUUCUGUAAAUUGUUUAGACACAUGCAAUCAUGCAUCAAAUUCAUAGCAGUGUACCUUACGAGCCUCUGUCUUCUGUUUAGGAGUUGGUUUAUAUUGGAAAUGGGGUUCAUGUUAAACUAGAUAUAUUGUGGUGGUGCGUACCUAUUAUGUAAGCAUAUUAUGGUCCCCAUGAUGUAGAGUGUAUAGGUUAAGUUUUAUUGCAGGAGAGUGAGCUUUCAGUUUGGGAUCUAGGUUAUAAAGGGAGAAAAUAAAUUGGUGUUUAAAAUCUGAUGAAGUGCCUGGAAUAAGUGUGUGAAGUUGACUAUUUUAGGAAUCCAUGAAAGAUGGGUAUGGACAUCCCUUUAGAUUUUAGAUUGUAA